GACCUGUCCAGGGUGGACCCCGCCUCUUGCCAAGUCUCAGCUGGGAUUGGCUCUAGCCCCUCUGCGACCCUCUUCAUAAUAAGCGGUAUAGAUGAUAGAUGGUGUCAUCACAGGGGCUGUAAUAUUUGUCACAGGAUAGGGGAUCAUUUAAUAGUUUAAGCAUCCUUCUAAAGUUUGUCUAAAAUGUAUAGAACAGGCCACGGUUCUGAAAGGUGAAAAGCAUUUGUGCUUGCAAACUUAUCAUGGUGUUCUUGAAUCUCAAGAACCAUCUUAAAAACAUGGUGCAUCUCUGAGGUGAACACAGUGAGAUUUUUUCCCCCAGCACAGUGUUACUUAGAUCCUUUGGUUCAGAUUGCGAAGAUGUGCUCAGUAUAAAGUCUCUUUCCCCACAGCCUCAGCCAGUCAAGUGUCUGGUGCUUUAUACUUUCACUGCCAAUACUACCUCUGUGAUCUGCAUUCGACUGUGGUUUAGCAGGAAAUGUGGCGUCUCCAUGGAAACUGAGGCUGUCAAAUGAUGAUGACAAAGUAAUGUUAAUAACUGAGAGGCCGACUUUUAAUCUUCCAGACAGCAAGCAGACAUCACACACCAUUAAAAACUCACGAUGAAAUGCAUCUAGAUGACCUGUGCUUGUCUGCAGUGUUAAUCUUAAAACCACACACACAGAUUCACCCACUUUUCUACAGUUCUCUUAAACUGUGAAAGAUGAACAGUAAAUCUGUUUCAUGGCCCAGAUGCACAUACACCAUGUAGUGACUGUGUGAAGAUCUUUCUUUAUAAAUUGCCUUAGUGAUGAUAAAAUAUGGAUUGGGUUAGCUAGGCAUAUACAGGAGGAGCAGAGGUAACAGCAGGGAGAAGGAAAUCUGUGCAGAACCAAUUAAAAAUGCAGGCAACCUCUGUGACUCCUAGCUGAGGGAAAUGACAGUGAAAAAGUUAACCUAUAUUAUUUUGCUGGAGUCCCUGGAAGCCCCUCAAGGACCUCUGAAGGUCUAUGAGAUGUAGGUCUGUGUGGCCUAGAUUUCUCUUUUAUAUGAUUUAUCAUUACAGAGUGUAAAAGGAUAACAUAUAAUUGUCUUGGAGUCUCUUUUAUCAAUAAAGCACAACAAAAUAGCAGUAAAUUAGCAUAAAAGCACAAUAAGGCAAGUGAAGACAUGAAAGGUACUGGUAGUAUGCAUAUAAUACAAAAUAAAAUAAUGGGUUAUGACAAAAGCACCAAAAUGACCAACAUAAAAAACAAAUGCUAAUCUGUGUGAGGAACUAAGAGGCAUCUUAAUAUACAUCUGAAUUGAGAGCAGGUAUUGUACAUGGGAUAAAUGAAAAAUGAAAAAAUAACAUUUCAAACUACAACAAACAUUUCUUGUUGUAUGAAGGAGAUAUUAAUGAUGGACAGUGGUUAAAAUAUUAAAAUAGUGAUAUUUAAUGAAAAAAAUGAAAUACAAGAAAUAGUAAUCCUUUCAAUUAACAAACACCAACAGCAGACAUUAUUCAGUAGAGAUGAAUUCAUCUUUGCAAAUUCUAUAAAAUAUAUAACUACUUGACAAAAAAUAUAGAGCACUAUAUUUAGACUAUAAACAGACCUACGAAACACGGUCUGUGUAUAUUAAUUGAAAAAAAAAACAAAUACAAAAAUAAAAAAGAAAUUAAAUUAAAAUCUGCAAUCAUAAAACUAGUCAGUAUCCUCACGUGACGUGUGUUGUCCAACUGGACCAAUGAAAUCGCUUCCGGGAGGUUUACCCGCGAGAAGUGGAGCUGUGCCGAAGAGGCUAACAACGGCCUUUGUCCUGUCCUCGACCUGACCUCAUGGAUCCCGGAGGGAAUGAACUGGACUCCAGUCUGCCUCAGCCCGAUAACCCGUGUCUGAUUGUGGAGGACUCGCAGCCCGACAGCGUCGCUCUGGAGGACGACCCUGAGAGCAGCUACCGAGCUCUGCUGGCUCGCCGACUGUCCAGUCUGCAGCCCCCCGCCUGCAGCCCUGUUCUGGGUAACAUGGAGAGACUGGACGAAGGGCAGAAUACACGCAAAGAACUGAUAUCCUCGCCACUAGGAAGCAGAUGCUCUCAGACUGACAGCCAAUCAGAGAGCUCCCAGAGUAACAACCAAGCUGAGCCCGGUGUUCUCAUGACAGCCAACCCCAGUUCAGCAUUCGAGGAGGAGAGCCAAGUUAUAAACAUCUGCCCUUCUCCGAACAAGAACAAGUGUGCACAAGAGGACACCGACAUGAAUUCUGGAGCUGAUUCAACCACACACUGCAUUCAGUCUGAGGGGGAAUCCUCUCAGCCUGGUUUUCUCAAGCUUUCUCAGAGCCAGGAUCUGUGUGGUGAAGCAGUGAACAGUCAGGAGGAGGAGGAAGAUAUCGUCCUUCAGCCAGACAGUGAGAGAUGUUCCAAAUCAGCAGAUCACCGUGUCAGCUGCAGGACUUCAGCGAGGCAGGACAGCACAUCAGUGAGAUCUGAGGUGAGCUCCAGCAGCUCUUUGGACUCUCUGGGUCAGUCGGGCAGGCAGCUGAACGUCCAGGCUCUGGUGCACUCACAGGGCCGUCAGGCCUCCAGUGAGCAGGAUCAGCAGGACUGUGAGAUCCUGUCCUCGCAAGAGGACCUGUUUGACGUUGACAAGACAGCUGCUGCAGUAGACAGCACAGUGUCGGAGCCAGAGCAGCAGGGCCACCCCACUCCGACACCUGCCCGCACCCUGAGACUGCUGCACCUGUCUGGGCAGGGAACACUGGGGCAGGACAGUCUGUCCCAGAGCUCUGUUGGUUAUGUUGCCCCCAGCCCGGACAACGUCACCCACACUCCUUUAAUUAUCCCCAGCUCACCAACUGGACCAGAGAUUGCACAUGGUGUUGAAGAACCAAUGGAUACUUCGUUUACCCCAGAAGACCAAGCAGGAGAAAAGGAGGAAGAGCCAAUGGAAACAGACGGUGCCUCUAAGCCACACCCAUCCGCCUCUACUCCUGUAUCCCAGUAUUCCCCUGGUUUUGUGGUGGAGUGUGCUCUCCCUUUACCCUCGCAGCCAGAGUUGUCUCAUGAUCUGUUUGUCCCAACGCAGAGCCUGGAGGCUCACUCAGAUAAGAAGACAGCAUCAUCAUCUCAUGAGACACAGUCCCAACAUCUGGAGUCAGCUCCUUUCGCUUUGCCUUUGCAGCUGUCUAUAAACACAGAGAGCUGUAGCCCAGCUCAGCAGAUGUCCAAGCAGCCUGAGGAUAGCGAGGCCACUCAGAUAGAGGAGCUGGAGGAGCCACCUGGUGCCGACACCAGUGACUCUGUGAGUUCAUGCUGCAGUCAGAGGAGAGAGAGCAAUGGUGUCCCCUCAGAAGCACAAACAGCCACCAGUUCCAAGGCUUCCACUUCUGCUGAGUCACCAAAACAUCGCAGCACAAGUGCCAAGAUCGAGCAGUCCAAUUUGUCACAAAAGUCAGAUGAGCAGAAAAACACAACAGCCUCUUUGAAUGUACAAGCUGUGAAUGUAAAAGACAGUCGGAGAGUUGAGGCGAGCUCUGACACUGUGUCCUGCUCUCAGACAAAGUUUGAUUCCUCAAAUCUGACUGUUAACAGCUGUGUGCAAGAGACUCCCUCAGACACUGCAGCUUGCAGCUUGCCCUCACAGUCUAUGAUCUCUCACACAACUGUUGUGAAGAGCUCUGUGGAUGUAAGAGGAGCAGGAACGGCAGAGAGUCAGCCUGUAGAAUCUCUGUCACAGCAAUGUGCAACUGUUGGUAACAGUCAGACAGAUAAAGACAUGAUGGAUGAGCAUGAACAGGGUGAGCUUGAAGAGGAGGUGGUGGUGAUGGAGGAGGCAGAGGGCGAGAGCUCAGGGGGGGACAGGACUUCAGGAUUGGCUCUGGUUCUCUCUCAGAGCCAUCUGUUGUCUCCUGAGCCCAUGGAGGAGGAGAGUGAAGACCAGGGAGCGGACAGCAUCAUUGUGGUUACAGACAGUGAGAAAGACACCCGGAUUCUUCCGACCGAUGCAGCACAACUUUCGGUAACUAAUAAGGUGUCUGCAUCCACUAAUGGCCAUGAAUCCCAGCCUGUGGACAAGGAGGUGAACGCAGCUCCUGAUAGGCUCUCCCAGACUGAGAGGCCAAGGCCUGAAACAGAGGGGCUCAAAGACAAGAGCCUCAGUGAUAGUUCAGGAGAAAUCUCCUUCCACUUCACUCUUCCUAAAGAAGGGGAGCUGAUUGGUCCUCCUGCUGGUGCCACACCCCCUCUCAUCAACCAGCUGAAGCAGACGCUGAGACACAGCACUCCCAUUGAGAUCCCAUCCUUUUCUGAAAAGCCAGAUGUGGUGGGUGAUGUCUCGGCAGAUGUGGCGAUUGCUACUGCCAGUGACAUUGUGUCAGGAGAAAGCGGAGAGGACGUGACAGACAAGGGAGAUGGGAAGCUGAGUCUAAGGAUGAAGCUGGUGACCCCUGUUGAAGAGGGCAGCUCAGAGCGCUUCAGCCUGCAGAAGCCAGCAUUAUCAGAGGAUGAUGGAUCUGUUGUCAAGGUUACAACGGUUUCCAAGGCUGUAGCCAGCAGCCCAUCAGUGUUCACUCGAGUCAGGCAGGUGCACAGACAGCAGGAGGCAGAGGAGGACAGCCAGCUUGGAGGCAACACUACACCUGUCAGGGGGGAGCUGUUCGCCUCACCACAGAGGAACUCUCAAGGCUCCUCGCUGGGAUGCAGCAGCCUUCCUAACAGCCAGUCAGAGCCUCCACAUCAGCAAAUAUUGGCAGCACCUCAGCAAAAGCCCAAGGACCCCCCCACUCCUGCUGAGCAGCCUGACAACAGGGGAGGACCAGCUGAAGCUGCAGAGCCACCUGCCCCUAACAGGACAGACACCAGGCAGAAGGUGGUGUCCCAGGAGACCUUUGACAGCACCGUCACCUCGAGUCCGUCCAACAGGCUCCAUCAGCGGACAGUCUCUCAGCAGACCAGCUUCGAUGCACAGGGGCUGCGCUCCCCAGCUGGCAGGGGUGAGCCAGAGUCUCCGUCCUUUAGAAGAAUCGCAGGCCCCGCCCACCGCAGACACGUGCGCACCAUCCAGGAAGUGCGGACCACCGUGACACGGAUCAUCACGGACGUGUAUUAUGAGGACGGUAAAGAGGUGGAGCGCAAAGUGGCUGAGGAGAGCGAGGAGCCAGUGGUGGAGUGCCAGGUGUUGGACAGCGAUAUCUCCCCAUGUCGCACGGGCAGCAGCUCUGUGACUUCUGGAGACCUCGGUGACAUCAGUUCUCUGUCGUCCAAGGCCUCCAGCCUCCAGCACAGUUCAGGAGGAACCAGCAGUAGCACCGUCCUCACCAGGCCAGACUUCAUCGUGCCGCCUAGCCGAGGGGCCAAAACCCCCAGUCCCAGGAGGGGAGGUGGGCAUCAACAGAGGGGUCACAGGGGUCACAGGGCAGGGUCAGUGAUCACAAAAGACAGAACCUACAGCACCCUGGGGUCCCGGGCCUUCGUCCCGCUGAUCCCCAGAGGAAGGGCUAGAAGGGGCCGGCCCCCGUCCCGCUCCUUCCCGUCCAGGGGAGGUGGUGCAGGCUCACUGCAGAGACUUGGUGCCUAUGGCCAGCUACAGUCCUCCUCAGAGGAUGAGCCCUACACUCGUAUGCUCCCCCCACGCCUCCCUGUCAGCCCCACAGAGCUCCCCAGCCAUUCUGACUCCCUCAGGACGUCGCCAGAGGAGGCGAGCCUGGCUGGAAGCAGCUUUGUUGGACUACGGGUGGUGGCCAAGUGGUCGUCCAAUGGCUAUUUUUACUCAGGCCGCAUCAUCAAAGAUGCCGGACAGGGGAGAUUCCGCCUGCGUUUUGAUGAUGGCUAUGAGUGUGAGGUGGCAGGGAAGGAUAUCCUGCUUUGUGAUCCCAUUCCCCUGGACACAGAGGUCACCGCUCUGCUGGAGGACGAGUACUUCAGCAUAGGUGUUGUGAGGGGCCAUAAGACAGAGGGCCAGGAACUGUUCUACAAUGUGGAGAGGGAGGGCCAGAGGCAGUGGUACAACAGGACCUCGGUCAUCCUGUCCUUGGAGCAGGGAAACAGGCUGAGGGAACAGCACAGCCUUGGCCCUGACGAGACCUCCACUCCCCUGGCCAAGGCCUCUGACAUCAGUCUGGAUAACCUGGUGGAGGGCAAGAGAAGGCGCAGAGGAACCCCCGGGGGUCAAAACACUCCCAACCGCAGCUCCUCCAGCAGCAGCCCACGGACACCCGGCCCCUCCGGCAAGAGGAAGCUGAUGACCUCUGAGAAUGACAGGACACCAGCCAAGAGAGGCCGCAGGGGGCCUGGAGCCAGAGCCGCUCAGCGGGUUGGUGUGUGUAACACCUCCAGCAGCGGCACAGAUCUUCCCGGUCAGUCUUGUGACACGGCAGAGUCUCACGGUCCACUGCCCCAGAACACCUCUCUCUUCAUGGGCUUUGCCUUCAUGCUAACGGGCUCAUCUGAGAGCGACCGGCUGACCAACAAGCUCACCAGCGAUGAUGAGGAGGCAGAAUACGUGCAGACAGGCCCAUACAACAAAACAUACACAGAGUCCCAGCUGCAGGCAGGUGGGGGCUUCAUCCUCCCUGACUUCAAUGAAGAACAGUGCAAAGCAGCCUACCAGAGCCUGCUGAUUGCAGACCAGCACUGCCGCACCAGGAAGUACUUGCUGUGUUUGGCCAGCGGUGUGCCAUGUGUGUCACAUAUAUGGGUGCGAGACUGCUGCAAAGAGAACAAGCUGCUCAACUACAGGAACUACCUGCUGCCUGCUGGUGUAGGUCCAGAUGAUGCCAUAGUAGAAUGGCAUCCCCGCUGCAGCCCGUUCAAGGCCCUGCGGAUCCUCCUGGUGUUUGAGAAGCCAGUGGAGCUGUGGGCACAGCUCAUCACCAUGGGUGGAGGUUCCUCUGUUCGACACUUCCAAGCAGACAAAGACACUGCAGACAUUCCUCCUGGCAAGUAUGAUGUUGUGGUGACAGACCAUGCCUGUCCACCAUUGGUAGAGAAAGGUGCGGCAUCACAGGAGGUCCCGUUGGUGUCUCCUGAGUGGCUCAUCCAGAGCCUCAUCUGUGGCGAGCGCCUGGGUUUCUGUAGCAAACCUGAGUAUUGCCACGACUACUCCACAUAAUCUGACUAUGUGCAAAAUGCCUUUGACCAUGUUAAAUGUUCAACAUUAGUUCUCUUGCAUGCCUCUGCUGUAUAUACCUUUAUUCUGUCUGUUUUUAAAGGGGUAAUAAACUGUGGCCCUUGUUUCAUUUUAA